AUUAAUUCGUCACUAAACAUUUUUAGUUCGUUAGCAACGGUCUCAAACAUGCGUUCCCUUGUACUAUUCGCCCUCCUCUCCGUGGCUGCGGCCAAACCAACCCCUGGAUACUUAUCCGGGUGGGACGCACCAUCUAUAAGCUUCGACCACCAACCCCUCACAAUAUCGCACGCAGAGCCCGUUUACCAAACGAUCCAGGCUGCUCCUGUGGUCCACGCUGCGCCGGUGGUCCACGCUGCUCCGGUGGUCCACGCUGCUCCAAUUGCUGUCUCUAAGGCAGCCACGAGCUACUCUUCGUUCCAGCGCGUAAUCCACCCAGUCGCGCAUAAGGUAGUCGCGCAGCCUGUUGUCCACGCAGCCCCAGUCAUCGCACAGCCUAUUGUCCAUGCUGCCCCAGUAAUCUCUCAUGCCACAUACGCUGAUUCUUACGGUCAUGGGUGGUAAUUGGUAAAUGGUAACUUAUUUGUAUUGUAAAUAAAGUUUAUUCGUUAUGUCUGUUCGUUAGCGCGUUGAGAUCAUGCCCGAUGUGUCGGGGUGGUGCAAAUAAAUAUUUAUAUCAGUAUUUA